CCCGUGUCCUGUCUGACACCUGAAUUGUGUGUGAGUGCCAGAGGCGGCGGGACGGUCGGGUUGCGAGGAGGGAGAGUGAGUGGGAGCCGAGCGGAGGGUUCACUGGCGAUGGGACCUCGGUGAUCGGGACGGCAGCAGGCGGCGUGUGUGCUCGGUCCGGCUCCCUCACGGCGGUCCCAGGCUCGGGCGCGGCGGGAUACGGAGCCGUGUGAAGGGUCGGGGCGGGAUCCGGCCGGAGCCGCCACCCUUCCUGCACCAUCCCUCGGCUCGGUGCUCAGAGGAAUGAGGAGGAGCAUGUGCUGGGAGAGGAAAUGCCUUCCACCACCCAUCCCUUCCCUUCUCCCCACAGCCAAGUCUUACCCUGAGAUGGAACCCAAGCCAUUCCCUUUCAUUACUACCAUGAGCCUUGGGACUACUCAUGAAUUUCUACCUGAAGAACAUUGCACAAUGCAGAUAGUUCAGCUAAUUAGCCACAUCAAGCUUGGGGCGCAGGUGGGGAAAUGAAAAUUUCCUGGUUACAGAUUGGAGUGCUGGCUUUGACGGGAUUUGGAUUUCUGAACUUUUUCCUGAACUGGAAUCUUAAGUUCCUGCCUCAAAUUCUAGGACACAGAGCUAAUGGCCACAACUCUUCCCAAAAUGCUUCCCUUCCCAAAGGCCAAACGUCCAUCUCUCUGCUGAGCAUUUCCUCUGCGUUUAAGAACUUCAUUCCCAUGAAGAAGAGUUUCUGGAACCAAAAGCAGCAUCAGAUGUUCCAGGAGUUGGACAAGUUGCGUCUCCAAGGCGCCACCGUGUACGUCCCACCGCAGACAUGCAACUUGACCGGGUUGGAGACUGAGAUUCCUGACAUACAUUCUUACUCUGAGACACACAGGGACUUUGUGCGUUACAUCAACUGCAGGGACCACCUGCAGAAGAUCAACCACUCGGACAAGUGCAGCGAUGGGGUCUUCCUGCUGCUUGCGGUCAAAUCCACUGCGGCUAACUUUGAGAGGAGGCAGGCCAUCCGCGAGACUUGGGGCAAGGAGUUGACCUUGGAGGAUAUCCGGGUCCGCACUGUCUUCCUCGUGGGCUCAGCUUUCAACUUGGGUCAGGGGCCUGACCUACAGAGGCUGCUGAACUCUGAGGACCACUUGUACGGGGAUAUCCUCCAGUGGGAGUUCAAGGACUCUCUGUUUAACCUCACCCUGAAGGACUACCUGUUUCUCAAAUGGGCCACUGCCCACUGUCCAUCUGCCCAGUACAUAUUCAAGGGGGACGACGAUAUCUUUCUUAACACCCCUGUCAUUCUGGAGUACCUCCAGUCACUGGAUAAAAACCAAAGCAAGCAACUCUAUGUUGGACAGACCAUUAGAGAAGCCACCCCAUUGCGAGAUGCAAAAAGUAAAUACAGUAUUCCCAUGUCGUUCUACGAUGGAGCCUACCCACCUUAUGCCGGGGGUGGUGGGUUCCUCUAUUCAGGCAGCUUGGUCGGGUCACUCUACGCAGUCUCGCACUACAUUCCGUUCUACCCCAUUGAUGAUGUCUUCACCGGAAUGUGCUUCAGCGCGCUGGGCAUUAGCCCGCUGCAUCACCAGGGCUUCCAGACCUUUGACAUCGAGGCGAAGCACCGCAACGACCCUUGCGCCCACCGCAGGCUGAUCCUCGUCCACCAGCGGAGCCCUCUCCAAACCAUGCAGCUCUGGAAGGCUCUGCACAGCCCUGAGCUCCAGUGCUAGAACCCACCCCUCCCCACUCCCCUCUGGAGUGGGGCGCUGGCAACUGUAGUGCUCACUGACUGGCAACGGAGCCUUGAGGUCGCUCAACAUACGACCAUGACAGGAGGAGGAAGGUUGUGAGAGGCAUGGUGCCAACAAAGUGAGGGUGUUAACUGGGGAGCUGGGCGGAGGCUGAGAUGAGGGCAGGCGGGUGUGUAAGUGUAAACGAAUCUCUAAAGACUUCCAGUUCUGAUACAGGGUCAUCAUCCAGAGAUGUUCACUGUUUCUCUCUCCAUGGAUGCUGCCUGACCUGCUGAACAUCUUCAGCAGUAAACAAAGCACCCACUUCCUUCAACCACCUGAACUUCAGCACUUGCAGCGGAUCAGAAGGGGCGACGGAGUGGGCAGAUCCUCUGCCUCGCAGCUCCAGCGACCCGGGUUCGGCGCUGACCUCAGAUGCUGCCUGUGUGGUCCAUGGGUUAAUUGGCCGCUGUAAAUUGCCGCCUAAUGUGUGUGUGGGUGGGUGGGUGGUGGAACCUAGGGGGAGUUGAUGGGGCUCUGGAGAGAAUAAAGCGGGGUUAGUGUAGGAUCGGGACCUGAUGACUAGUGCAGAAGGGCCUGUUUCCAUGCUGUAUGACUCUAAGGUGGGGCUCCAGUGGUUUCCAGCACCCAUCCGCCUUCCUCUCUGACCUCUAGGCUGGGCAGUGGGACCAAGUCCGCAGUACCCAAACCACAGGCGCUCACUCCAUUGUGAGUCAGGGCUACAAAUGGCUGGGGGGGGGGUGUGAGGGGGGUGACUGGGGGCGCGGGGAUGAUGAUAUUUGGAUGGGCAUUGUGCAGGAGCCAGAGAAAACAGGGCAGGGCACUAGCAGAGAGCUGUGGAGUUUGUGGUGAUGCUUAGCAGCUUGAAGGACGUCCAUCCUGCUGUGUUGAGAGUAGUGCCACAGUGCAUGCCUACUAAGGUUUUCUCUCAGUAUUUAAUGUUCUUAUUGUCAAGAUGUUGCUGAAUAGAUUAAUUCUUUGACAAAUGGCUGUGUAUUUUUUUUAUUAUCCAAUCACUCUGCCAUCCAGUUACCUGGGUGAGGCUAGGUCUCAUUCCAUUCACUCCCACUGCACUAAAUCCGAAUGGACCGGCCUGUUCCCACCCACUCCCACUGCAGAAAUUCCCAUCGCCCUCCAUUCUGUAUCUUGACGCGUUUGUAUUAAUUGGAGGCAACACGGCGAUUCGCACAACAACCGAGAGAGGGGGAUCCGAUGUUGGCCAGCACACAAUGAUAAAACCCCGGUGUCUCAGAAGAUUGUGGGUUCAAAUCCCACUCUAAAUGCUCGAGCACGAGCUUGGAUUCCUGUGCAGAGUUGCCACCAGAUGGGAAGUUUGGAAUACAUUCCAUUAUUGCCAUUCAGGAUUUAGUGUUUGUUAUUUGGCUUUCUCUUCAGAGUGGGAGGGGGCAGGUUGGUAGACAACCUUAUUCUUGUGGACGUUGAGCGUAAACCCCCCCAUCCUCUUGUUUACUUCAGUGAAUGAGUUGUUAAUGUCUCUGAGCUCUGCGUCAGUUGUAAGUGGUUUAUUAUUGUCCCGUCUACUGCAACGCAGUGAAAAGCCUUUUGCGUCCAUCCAGAGAGAUCAUUCUGUAUGUAAGUACAUUGGGGUAGUACAAAAGGGAAACAGUGCAGAAUAUAGUGUUACAGUUGCAGAGAGAGUGCAGUGCAGACAGACAAAUAAGGUGCAAGGAAAUACUUGCACAUCUUCCAAUCCAGUACGCUGAAUUCAGUGUUCACACGGUGGCCUCCUCUACACUGGAGAAAACAAACACAGAUUGGGCUAUCGCUUCGCAGGGAAGCUGUAUUCAGUCCACAGGAGUGACCCAGAUCUUCUGUUUCCCUGCUGUGUUAACUCCCCAUCCCUCUCCCACUCUGAUCUCCCUGUGACCACCUGCACUGUUACAUUGAGGCCCUACGCAAGUUCAAGGGAUAGCAACAUCUCAUCUGUCUGGGCAUGUUACAAACUUCAGGACUCUGUUGAAUUCUCCAACUUUAGAUAAAUCGCUGUUUUGGUUUGUUUCAGGAUUGGCCACUUUGCCUGCCAUCCCUCCCUUUCACUUUCAGUUGACCUGUUCCAGCAGGCCUGACUACACAACAUUAGCAACAAGCACCCCAUUGUUUCACCUUACCAGAGACAGUCCUGUUAUUCUCCUCCGCUGCCGAAAUUAACCUGUUUCUCCUGUUCUCAGUUCUGAUGAAAGGCCUCAGACUUGAAGCCUUAACUAAUUCCCUUUGCAUAGACACUGCCGGAACUGCUGAGAUUUUCUAGAAUUUCCUGUUUUGAUGAAGGGUUCCCAACCUGAAAUAUUAACUCUGUUUCUCUCUCCAUGGAUGCUGCCCUGACCAACUGUGUUCCCAGCAUUUUUUUGUUGUUUUUAUUUCAAGGUCGAGUCUAUUUACAUUUAUUCCAGACUCGAUAUCAAAUUCUCCGACUCCAGGUAACUUGGCUUCUCUGUCUGUACCAGAACCAGCCACCUCUGCUGGAGCUCUCACCCAUCUGUGAUGUUGGUCUGGUUUUCUCUCUCCAUUAGUACUGCCUGACCUGUCAGGCAUGUACCACAUCUGGCUACUAGUAACGCACAUGCUUGGUUUGUGUUAUCGCCAGCUGACUGACCCACCCCAUCCCCAUUUGACCAGACAAAGGGAUGGCACAGCAGGUAGAGCCGCUGCCUCACAGUGCCAGAGACCCAGGUUCAAUCCUGACCCCCGGUGGUGUCUGUGUGGAGUUUUCACGUUCUCCCUGUGACUGCAUGGGUUUCCUCUGGGUGCUCCAGUUUUCUCCCACAUCCCAAAGACAUAUACAGGUUGAUAGGCUAAUUGACUGCUGUAAUUUGCCCCUAAUGUGUGGGUGAGGGGUAGAAUCUGGGGGGAGCUGAUGGGACUGGGGGGAGAAUAAAAAGGAAUUAGUGUAAAUGGAUGAUUGGUGGUUGGUACGGACUCAAUGGGCCGAAGGGUCUGUUUCCGUGUUGUAUCUCUCUCAUACACUUCGUACAACUCAUCCUCAGGGCAACUGCGGUCUCACUCAAUUACAGAUAUCUCCUUUAUCCUAGUCAUUCAUCCUGCCAACUUAAAACUAGCUCUAUUUUUUAAAAAAAUCUCUUCCCCAAUUCUGACGCAAGGCCUUUGACUCGAAAGGUUGAUUCUUUCUCUUUCCACAGAUUUGAGUUUCCAGCAUUUUCUGUUUUUUUACCUCCAGGUUUUCAGCAUCUGCAGUUGUUUUGAUUUUUCAGUUUAAGUUCAUCUCUCUUCAAUAUUUUGUCAGACUUCCCGCAAGGUGAUGUUGCAGCUCCUUAGACCUCUGGUUAGACCAUACUUGGAGUAUUGUGUUCAGUUCUGGUCGCCUCAUUAUAGGAAGGAUGUGGAAGCUUUAGAGAGGGUGCAGAGGAGAUUUACCAGGAUGUUGCCUGAAUUGGAGAGCAUGUCUUAUGAGGAUAGAUUGAGUAAGCUAGGGCUUUUCUCUUUGGAGAGGAGGAUGAGAGGUGACUUGAUAGAGGUGUACAAGAUGAUAAGAGGCAUAGAUUGAGUGGACAGUCAGAGACUUUUUCCCAGGGCAACAAUGGCUAACACAAAGGGGCAUAAUUUUAAGGUGAUUGGAGGAAGGUAUAAGGAGGAUGUCGGGUAAGACAGAGAGAGUGGUGGGUGCCUGGAACGCACUGCCUGCAGAGGUUGUGGGGGCAGAUACAUUAAGGACAUUUAAGAGACUCUGAGAUGGACACAUGAA